AUGAGACCACCGCCAGAACUGCCAAUCGACAUCCUCCCAAACAUCAUAGCUCACUUGGUAAAAGACGAUGCUAACACGCUUUUCUCGUGUCUUCUAGUAAGCAGAAUCUGGUGUCGCCUAAUAAUUCCAAUACUCUGGAGAAACCCGUUCCAUUAUACCGAUUACUUAAAAAAAGAAUCGACGCGUGAAGAGAAACAAUCGAAAAUUAUAGACGUCUACAUUAGUUGUCUAUCAGCGGACGCAAAGAAACGGCUAAAGGAUCGAACUGACAUAAAAAUAUUACUGUCUUUGUCAUCAUCUAAAAGAUUAUUUAAUUACCCGAAAUAUAUUUCAUCAUUGGACGAUAAACGAAUUCUCUGUGCAGUCUGGGACUGGAAACUGAAACGAGAGCCCUCGAUCGAUGGACAUGAUGUUUAUCAUUUACUGUUUGCCCUGAUUCGAAUGUUUGCCGAAGAAUCUCAAUCGUUGCAGCAUUUAUCAUUAAAUUCAUGUUUCUACGAUAAAUCAAUGGAUCGAAAGAAAAAAUUUUCACCCAAAGAUUCUUUUCCUUCGCUUUCUUCUUCUCCCUCUGAAAGUUCUCGAAAAAUUUUACUAGUCGAUAUUUAUUCAGCAAUUGCAAGUUCACAACGCAAAUUCAAAACUAUAUGUGUGUCAAAAGCAAAUGCACUUUCGCCUGAAGAGGCAAUGAUAGAAACGACACAAAUAGUCACAAUUAUAAAGGCACAAGGAAAAUACCUCACAGAAUUCACAAUUUCCUCAUGUAAAUAUGGUCUCGACGAAAUAAUUGACGCAUUAAGAUUCGGUGCAACUGCGAAAUCACUUCGCAGUCUCACUUUCAACGGGUGUGAUUUCGCGCAGUUGAGUAGUCCACAAAUUGCCACCACUGUAGAGUUUUUCUCGCGGAUGGAGAAUGUGUUGUUUCGUAUGUGUCAUGGGUAUAAAGGUGAAUUUUUGGAUGCGUUGGAGAAAAAAAUGGUUCUGGAUCAUAGUGUUGGUGGGUUUGUGACAAACAUUGAGGCACGAGAAAAACCAAGUAAGGAAGCAUAA